ACUUUUAUAGGAAAACUAUGCCAAUACACAUACCUUCCCAAAACCGUCACAAGCAAUUCGUGAUCUGAAUCAGAUUUCCGAUCCGGAUUGUCAGGCUUUAAAACGAAUGCUCGGGACUCCAUGUUGGCACUUUAUCCGCCCGCAUGUGACAUGUAAGAAAACGAAUUUUACGAGUUGGGACGUGGCGUGGUGAAUAAUCUGACGGGUUUUUCCAUACACCCAAAAAGUUUAGUACUCCCGCGGGAGUAGAUUUGGUGCUUUGGUAUAAACAUUGAUUAUUUUGGUCGGGACCUUGGGUGCUAAAUAAGGGACUGGUUUUUGAGAGGUCUAAUGGCAUUCGAAAGACGGGAACCAGAUACACAGUAAUGCAUAGGACCAUCGUUGCAGGCUUGCGGCCAUGGUUUCGAUUUCCACCCUUUGCAGAUAUCUUGCUCACAGAUUGGAGUACUCUGUUGCUCUCAGCUGGAAAAAAUAUAAAGUAGGACAAAUAAGAAAUGAUCAAGUAAGUGACAGUAUGAUAAAAAAUCUGCUCCAGGUCAAGUUGACAACCUACUUGCAUUGGAAACAUGGGGAGGAGAUGGCUCCGACAAUAACGGGGAAAGAAGGAACUCUUCUUGUACGAAAAUUACCAUAUCCAGAACCAACGCGAGUUUUUGUUGGAGAUGUUGUUAUCUUGAAGGACCCAGAGAAGCCAGAUGAUUAUAUUGUUCGGAGACUCGCUGCAGUUGAAGGUUAUGAGAUGGUCUCUAAGGAUGAUAAAGACACGCCUUUUGUUUUAGAAAAGGAUCAAUGCUGGGUUUUAGCAGAUAAUGAAUCUCUCAGUGCUAAGGAGGCACAUGAUAGCAGGAUAUUUGGACCGGUACCAAUGACAGAUAUCAUUGGCAGAGUCAUCUAUUGUUUGCGCAACUCUAUAGACCAUGGGCCUGUACAAAAUAGGAGUGGGCCCCUCUAUGGUAAAUCCACCUGCAUACCUCAGAACCGGACUGCAGAUGCUCUAAUGGUGUGCCAUGUACCAUACUCCCAUUCCGCUUUGGGAUGCAAAAGGAUUCACCUGUUUUGGCAGUCGAGUUGGAUGUGGAUGAAAUGGCAAAGAGCACAAAAACAUGAAGAUCCCCUGCCAAAUAGUCUGUCUCAAAACUAUAGUUUAUACUUGGAUGAGAGGCAUUUUCAUGUAUCCACAAUAAUAAACGACUAAAUUGGGUGGUUGUAUUAGGGUAGGAGAGAUUAUUGAGCAAGUUCAAGCAUGGAAAACCGGGUUUUUAUAGCUGAUGAACAUUGAAUCACUGACCACGAAUUUUGUGCAAUAUUUCUUGCGUUGAGGACC